AUGCUGGGGGUGGGGCCCUUGGCGGGAACCCAAGCUGCAGAACGCGGAAACCAGGCCGAGGAAUGUGCAGUGUCCUCUGAGGUGAGAAGAACGGGGGGCCGGGAGGACAAGCACCAGAAAAUGGACUUGGCGGAGCAGCUGGGCAGGUACUGUUGUCUUUUCGGGGUGAAGCAUGUCGAUGACCAUGCGUUUCCGCUGAAGCCGUCGGUUGCUCAUGAACUUCCUGGUUCGGAUAGUUACCCUGCCGUUCAUGAUGGCAGCUGA